AUGCGUGCAUUUGUCAUAGCGAAUAGAGGUCCGAGACCUUGUGACCAAGAAGAUAUUUUUGAGGAUUUUUUUGCCACAAUUGAGGAUACUAUUUGGGAUUUUGCCCGGCUGUGGAAAUCUAAUACUCCCGACAAGCUGUCGUUAAGACGAAUUUCGAUCCAAGACCAGCAGCUCAUAAGAAUAUGUUCUCUAGACGUCUCGUACUACUCAUGGGUGGUGGAGUUGCAAGAACAAGACGCAAAUCUAUCAAUAGCCAAUGACGGUCGAGUUCCUGUCUCUUAUGAUCCUCAUGAUCCCUCACAACUUGAGCCCAAAAAUUUAUCAAUUU